AGAAUGAUGGAGCUGACAGCAGAAAAACAACGGUGAAAUAGCAACAGCAGCAACAACAACGAGCAGACAUAUCCAAAAAAAUGCAUGUAGAAGAUACCGGCAAUGACAGGACAGCGUUAAAUCCACAGACCUACUGCAGUCCAGCUAACAGGGAUUGUGACGUGCGUGUCUUCAACAUCAUCGUCUUCAGUUGACGGAAUAAAAGUGGUGGUGUUUUUAUUGUUUGUCUUGCCAGACGUAAUGAGUGGAAGGGUUGGCGACCUCAGUCCGAAGCAGGCUGCAGCGUUGGAGGAGUUUCGAGAGAGGAUUCAGGAUGUUCUUACACUACUUCCAGCUCAGCAUGACCAUUUCCUGUUGCGCUGGCUUAGAGCCAGGAACUUCAAUGUCAAUAAGUCAGAAGCCAUGCUUCGAAAGCACCUCGACUUCAGGAAGCACAUGAAAGCAGACACAAUCACUACGGAAUGGCAGCCUCCAGAGGUGAUUGAGAAGUACCUGUCCGGUGGGAUGUGCGGGUACGACCGGGAGGGAAGCCCCAUCUGGUGGGAUGUCAUCGGUCCAAUGGACCCCAAAGGACUCUUCCUGUCCGCCUCCAAACAGGACUUCAUAAAGUCCAAGAUAAGAGACUGUGAGCUGCUGCAGAGGGAGUGUGACCUGCAGUCUGAGAGGCUUGGGACACAUGUCGAAGCCAUAACCAUGAUCUAUGAUGUUGAAGGUCUUGGUCUCAAACACUUGUGGAAGCCUGCCAUCGACACUUACGGAGAGAUCCUGACUAUGUUUGAAGACAACUACCCUGAGGGUCUCAAGAGGCUAUUUGUCAUUAAAGCUCCUAAGCUGUUCCCCGUGGCCUACAACCUUGUCAAGCACUUCCUGAGUGAGAUCACCCGCAACAAGAUCAUCAUUCUGGGCGCCAACUGGCAAGAGGUGUUGAUGAACUACAUUGACGCUGAGCAGCUUCCUGCUGCUUACGGAGGUAAACUCACCGAUCCGGAUGGUGACCCUCGUUGUAGGACCAAGAUCCACUAUGCAGGGACGGUGCCUACAUCCUAUUAUGUCCGCGAGUCUGUGAAGGUGGACUAUGAACAAUGUUUAACUGUCAGCCGAGGCUCCACACAGCAGCUAGAAUAUGAGGUCCUCUUCCCUGGCUGUGUGCUCAGGUGGCAGUUUUUUAGUGAUGGUGCAGACGUCGGGUUCGGGGUUUUUAUGAAGGGGAAGUUGGGAGAGAGGCAGAACGCCGGGCAGAUGCAGGAGGUACUUCCAAGCCAGAGAUACAAUGCCCACCUUGUUCCCGAAGAUGGCUCCUUAACCUGCAGCGAGCCUGGAGUCUAUGUGCUGCGAUUCGACAACACCUACAGCAUCUUCCAGUCCAAGCGAAUCAGCUUCACCGUUGAGGUCCUGCUGCCUGGCCAAUCAGAGUCACAGAAGAAAAGGUCUGCAUCAGAAUCAGGGGCUCACAGCCAGUUGCACUCUCCAAAGAACCAGGGCAGUUCAGAAUCAGCACCCAGCAGCCGAUCGCAAUCUCUAAAGAACAAGGGCGGUUCCGAAUCUGUGGCGAGCAGCCAAUCGCAAUCUCUAAAGAACAAGGGCGGGUUAGAAUCUGAGACCAGCAGCUAAUGGUGAUGCACAUCAGUGAGCUAGAGUUGACCUAAACCCCUGUCAUGUUCAAUAAAGUCAUACCCGAAAGCACUGAAUCCAACCUCACUGGUCAGCACUGAUGUACUUCAGCAGACCAUGGGCCAUUCCAUAUGAUGCUGACCAACAAACAGCAGGGCUGCCGGUAGCCUAGCAGACAGAGUUUUUGGCCAGUUACCAAAAGGUUGCUAAAAUAGUUGGAAUUCCAAAACCAAGAAGGUGGCAAACCUAUUGUCCUGCCCUUGAGCAAGGCAAUUUACCCUAAUUACUAAGUCUCCAUCAAUAGUGACUGGCUGUGACCCUACUCUCCAAGGGUGUCUAAAGGAGACUAGUAUAUACAAAAAAUAUUUCCAAUUCACACAUGCAGAUUUGUACGUGUGAAAGAGGAAAAUAUUGGCAGCCAGCUUAGUGCUACGUCAGUUAAUCUGUGCUGAUCUAUACGUUGACUCACAAACACUCAUAUUCCAGUGACAGUCCCUUCUUUGCAGCACAACAUAAUCAGCUAGCUGGCAUACUAGCUGAACAUACUGUAUAUCAUUUUAAAGAACCUGGAGGUAAUAUGCUGCUUAUUAGAACUACCCCAUUUUUAUUUUAGAAAAUGUAUGUGACCCCACCCCAUGACAGUUACUUUCUAAAUUGGAGCUAUGACAGUCUUCAAAAAAUCUAAAUCUUAAGGUAAUGUUUAAAUUAGAUGUGGUAAAUAAUUAGGCAAAUAAUUAUGACCAACUCUGUAACAAAAGAACAUCUGAUUCACAGUCUGGUUCUGUCCACUCGAUUCCAAGAGGUUCUGGAGUCUUAUCUAUGAGAAAUCAGGUAAUAAUAUUUUGUAGAUUUAACAGAAAAGUUGGAGCCAAAUAAGAAAUAAGAUUUUAUUAUCACAUAGUAGAUAGCAGAAAAUGAUAACAAAAACUGCUCUGGAUAAUACAACCACAUUUUGCGUAUUCAAUCAAAUUUCAAUCAAUCACAUUUAUUUAUAAAGCCCUUUUUACAUCAGCAGCUGUCACAAAGUGCUUUUACAAAACACCUGGUACUCUGUUUUAUUGACCACAUUUCAAAUCAGGGCCACCUCACCUCUAGUUUGAGAAAUGCUGGACUAUUGCGAAUAAACAAACAUUAUGUUCAUUAUUUUCAAGUUCCACAACUUAAAAUACAGAUAGCUUCUGGAGACACUGCCUCAUCUGUAAUGACACUGUCUGGUAUUCCACAAUGAUGCACCUAUAUAGUUACUAUGAUUAUUAUUGUUAAUUAUUAUUAUUAGUUCAGGUCCUAUGCAUUACAUGAGGCUUUCCGAUGACACUACAUGUAACACCCUGGACCGGAUCUAGAACAUGCAAUGAACAGAGUUAAAAAACUCUGGGUCCCCUGAAAUAGAGAUGUAUUCAAACCAAGACUGAAAGAAUUUACUUGAACAUUUUACUAAGUUUAUGGAUUUAUUUUUAUACACCAGAUGGUACAAACUCCUUAAGGAUUAAGGAAAAAUGUCAGAUUCAACCUAUUUCUUACCCACUUUCUGUUUCGGUAAUUACUAAUUAUGCCAUUUUGAAGUUGUGUUCUCUUUUCACCAUAAACAUGAGAUAUGUUGAAAUCACUGUUGACUUACCGAAAUGUUGUUAUAUGGAAAUUUCGUCCAUGGAAGGCAAGUGUUUUAUGGAAUGCAUAUCCUCGGUUCGUUAUUCUAGUAUUUCAUAAAAAUGUGUAUCAUUAAGUAUCCAUCCACUACAUUAGAAUAACAUUCCAUUUUCCUGUACAACACUGUUGCUUAGUAUGUUAAUUUGCACAAUUCUGGUAAAAUGCAACAUUCUAAGGUUUUCCCUAGUUGUGCUAGUUGGGGGAUUCUGAGGUCCAAGCAAAUUCCCUUAUGAUUUCAGGAAUCCCCCAAAUUACAUUUCUAGAAAGCCUGGGACAUUUUGAAAAGUUACCAGAAUUUUGGUAAACCCUGUUGCUGUCUAUAUUUUUGUAAUAACAACAGGAGACAUGCCCUUUUUAUGCUUGCCUUAAAUAAAAUCUAUUUGUUUGAAUGUGCUAGACUUGACAAGCUGGCUUUUAAAUAUACCAAAUGCUCUGUCUUAUCUAAUUUAUCAAAUGUACAGUAUGUGUUAAAGUAUCUUGAUGAAGUGUUUUGUACAGUGAAAUCAUGGAAUGUACUGUUGCUAGCUGUUAUAGCCUUACUUGACAUUGGUUUGUGCUUACUCUUCAAGAGAUACGUUUGUAUGUGUUUUAGUAAUGUAUACCGGGAACAGUACUUCUUCAAACGCAUUGACAUAUUUGUGAAAAUAUUGUCUUUAUUUCUUUUCUUAGAAGUGGAUACAUAAUUUCGUUUGGUAGAGUUGCCUGUACUACGUAGGGUGCUAAUCUAUUGUAAUGGAAACUAUAGUCCACUUUUUUGGUCAAAAUAUACAUAAUUGAAUCAACUUGAAUUCAUGACACCAAUAACUCAAUGACACCUACAGUAUUUGUGUUAGAAAUAAAGCCUGGGGACACCACUACACUGUCCAUAUUCUUAAUUUUAAGGAUAA